UCCAAAGUAACCUUUUUUAGUCCUUGAACCUACUUAGUUUCAUACAAAACUACUGAUCAAUAGCUUUGCAUGUGAUUCAUUCAGAACAUCAUUUUUUGAAAAUCGAUUUAAUCGCUUAUGGCACCUAUCAGAUGCACGGGGUGUGUGAUAUUCACUGCAUUAUCACGAUUCAAUUGAUUUAGUAAAUUAAAAUACUCAACGCAUGGAGAUUCAAAUCUUGUAAACAAAAAAAAAAGUAAUUCAAUAUUUAAAGCCAAAUACAGUGCCCAGGAUAAAGUAUGUUGUCCUGACAAACUAUUCAUCCCCACAAGGGGACGCUUCAAUUCACUCCGGAGGUAUAAAAUUGCCUGUUCUGACAGGAGAACGUUGCGGACAGGACACGACGCGAAGACUCCUGGAGGUGAAUUGUGAAACAAAAAUUAAAAGAUGUCGGACGUGAGGUGUUCCUGGGAUAGAAUUAAGAAGAAUGUGAACAGUACCCCGACCAUGGUGUUCUCCGUCAUUGGUGAUUCCGACAGCUUCGUUCCCAGACCCUGGGCCAAAACAGUAUUCCAGACCGCAUUGAUUGAAGCAGCUAAAAGUGGAGGGGAAUCAUGGAUUUUGUACCGUGGUUAUGAAAAUGGGGUGUCUGAUAUAGUACGCAAUGCUUAUAGACGUUACGAGGACAUGGAAUUCGGUGGCAGAGUUAAGAGGAAUGAAGCUAAUACACAGGUUUCAGUUAUUGAAACGCCAAUCGAUCACAUUGAGCGACAUGUGAAACUCGUUAGGAUUGCUUGGAAGCCGGAUACAGAGGAUCAAAUUGAGACGAUCGACGCUGGAUCGCCACCGGAAUACAGAGAAGCUACAUAUGGAGACGGUUUUUUGCUAAAGUUUGAAAAGUUUGUCUCUGAGCAAGAAGUAUCUUUCUUCAGUCAAAAAAUGGAUUUCAGAAUGCCUGUUUCAAUAGCAAUCAUUGUUUGUGAAGGGGAUAUCGAAACCAUUGUGCACAUAUGUGAUGCACUGGAAAAGAAACUUCCGGUAAUCAUAAUCAAAGGCUCAGGAAAAGCUGCCGAUUUGAUAUUGGACUACCUGGAUAAUGAAGAAGUGUUACGGAAGAAAGCCAGCCUCUUGUUUGGAAUACGCUUUGAUGAAACAAAUUAUGCCAUAUUGAAGGGAUAUCUAGAGGAAAUUAAAAAGAAAACAGAUUUGAUUGGUGUAUUUGAUGUGGACAAUGAUGAUCCAUUGUUGCUGUCAAACAUUGUUGGUGAAGUUGUUGUCAGUUGCUGGGCCAUGGAGAAAAUUCUGACGAAAAAGACCGGAAAUCAUGGGACCACUGAAGAUACUUCUCAACCCAAUACAUCAUGUCCGAUUCUUAAAAUGAAUGGGCUCAAAAUGGCAAAAUCCUCGGUGGCCUGGGAACUAUUAAACAAUAAUUCAGUGAAGCUUGAGGAAAAUACGAUGAAUCGGCUAUUGGAGGACUACAAGAAGGAGUCUAGAUCGUAUGUACUAAGCCCGAAGUACGCUUCUCCUACGUCACUUCCGCUUUACUUCUACUUUGGAUACCAACUACUACAGGAAUUAAAAUUAUUGCCGAAGAGUGGCCAUAUUCUCCUUCUCGAAGCAAUGAAAGCAAACCGUUGUGAUUAUGUGAGAGUCUUAUUGGACCACAGAGUGACAUUAAAGCUUGACGACUUACCAGAAUUGUAUGAACAGACUGUGUCUUGUGAGAACUGUAAAGUUGAAGACGAGGACUGUCUCCACAUGGAGUGGAUAUUGAAGCAAAUCCACGAGACCCAUACCAAGAACUUGUGCCAUACAUACAAGGAACAGGAAUUUGAAAAGCUAAAAGCAAAGAACGGAACGGGAAUUUCGGUCGUAGAGGCAGCCAAAAGUUUAUGCCGCAAGAUUUUAAGAUAUAAAGAGGCUUCAACGCAGAAUGACCAGGAAAAGACAAAUUCAAAGCAGAAUGACCAGGGAAAGACGAAUUCAACGCAGAAUGGCCAGGGACAGACGAAUUCAACGCAGAAUGACCAAGUAACGAAUAUCGUACAAAAUGAUAACCCACAAGAAGAAGCUAAAAUUUCCGACCUCUUGCUUUGGGCUAUAUUUGCCAACAGAAGGGAACUAGCCGAAAUUUUCUGGCUUCGAAGCGAAAAUCAUUUAAUGACAGGUUUGGUAUGCUCAGCUCUCCUACAGAAGUUAGCUAACAAAGCAAACAAUGUGAAAGAACAUAUUCUAUCAAGCGAGUUGGAGGAACAUUCAAAACUUUUUGAACAACGUUGUAUUGCAAUGAUGGACAGCAUGUACGAAGAGAACAUAUACCACGCCAUUGAUCUGAUGGAUGACGAUAUCGUAACAUGGGGUAUACAAUCCAGUCCUUUAACCUUUGCAUAUGAAAACUUCAUGUUUGACGUAGUGGCGCACACGUGUUCUCAGAAGAAUAUGAAUAAACAGUGGUACAACAAUCUAACCCCGGACCUAGUGCCAUUUUUAAAAUCCGCUUUCCGAAAACCCAGGAAGUUCUUCACAGCACCACUGACAAAAUACAUUUACAACUACAUGAUGUUCUUUUCUAUGUUGGUGAUGUACAGUGCUUUCGUCCUGACCAGUAUCAGUACUGAGUAUUACGUCCAGGACAUCGGUAGGGUCUUCGAAUACUACGUGUAUUUCUGGGGUGCGGGUGAUUUCAUAGAGGAAUUAUUCAGCUGCUUUGGAUGCUUGGAAUUAGAAAAUCGCUCACAUCGCAGUUACUACUCCCGGAUGAAGAGAUACCUUUAUGACUUCUGGAAUUUGGUGGAUCUUUUGUCGUACGCCUUAUUAAUCACAGCGCUGUUUGUACGUCACAUGCACCCCUCUGAAACCUUUACCAUCGCCAGAAGAAUGUUUUCCUUAUCCUUGCUGGUUAUGUAUCUAAGAUUUUUGGAAGUAUUUCUCAUCCAUAGACGAUUGGGACCCACUCUGAUUAUGAUAAAGGAAAUGUUGAAGGAUUUGUUUGGUUUCCUGUUCGUGGCGGUGUUUAUUGUGAUAGGAGUUGGAAUUUACUACCAUGCAAACCUCUGGCCGGAUUAUCAGGGCAUUUGGGAUGGUGACUGGACGCAGUGGAGAAUUUGGCAAAUCAUUUACUACCCCUAUUUUCAACUCUAUGGAGAGUUAUUCAAUGACUUCUUGGAAGGCAAAGACCUAUCGGACUGUUCAAACAUUACUUCGGUGUGGCAGUCCGACCCUUCCAUUGAGCGUUGCCCUCAAGAAGACUGGACAGUGUUGGGCGUUUCGGCAUUGUACAUGUUAUUCUCUAACCUUCUAUUGGUCAACCUCGUCAUUGCCAUGUUCAGCUACACAUUUGAAAGGGUUCAAGAAAACUCCGAAAAAUUGUGGAGAUUUGAGAGGUACACAGUCAUCAAUGAUUACGAAUGGAGGAUUCCUUCUCCCAUAAAUUUCAUAUUCCUUCCUUAUCGUUUCGGUUGCUGCCCAAAAAGGAAAGGAUGCUGUCUCAACAAAUGCGAAAAAGAAAACGAACAGGAAGCAAAAGAACAGGAAGCAAAAGAACAGGAAAAGAAAGAACAGGAAAAGAAAGAAAAGAACGAGGUAACGGCGUUUCGUAGAAACUUCCAAAAGAUAACCGCAUACAGAAUACGAGAUAAACUGUGAAGAGGAAGCCAAUCAUCGUACUUUGUUUCUUGCAAUGCUGCAAGGACACAAGUAACUUUGAAAAAAAUGAAAUGCUUGGUGAAAAGUUGUGAGAAAAAGAUGUCAUUUAUGAUAUAUAUUUUCAGUGUGUACAAUUUCACCCCAUUCAUGAAAUAAACAAACAAACAAAAAAAAAAAAAAAAAAAAA